AUGGUUGUUGCGGCGUCGAAAUGGGACACGUUGGCGUUUGGCGUCUCAUUGGCGUGCCUAUCGGCUGGCUGCGUUUUGUUGGUGUCGCUGUUCACGUGGCAGGCGCAAGUCGAGCAGCUCGCCAACUUCGCCAAUGAGGAGACGCAGCUUUUCCAGGAGACUUCUGAAAAGAUUUGGGAUGAAUUAGUGUUUAUUGCGACUGGUGAACCCGAUAGGCAUAAACGCCAUGCUUCUGGCCGAUCAUUCUCCACCGGCGCUUGCCGCUGUCCACCGGGUCCACCGGGACCACCCGGAUUCGAUGGGGUUCCCGGACUCGACGGCGAGCCGGGCUUGCCUGGCGCCAAUGGCGACGAUGAUGUUUCGGUGGUUCGUCACGAUCCGGGACGUUGCGCGCAAUGUCCAGCCGGACCACAAGGCCCGCCGGGACCACGCGGUCAACCGGGACCACAAGGUGCGCCGGGACAGCCGGGCUUCGACGGUCGACCGGGAGCGAUCGGAAUUCCCGGCGAGCAGGGCGCAGACGGCUAUCCGGGACCCAUCGGUGAGCCCGGCGAGCCGGGACCACCGGGAAAACCGGGACGAGACGGCGUUCGCCAUCGCGCGGUGCCUGGAAAACCGGGACCACCAGGCGAGCCGGGAAUCGCCGGCCCGACAGGUCCGCCGGGCAAUCCCGGAAUGCGCGGAGCCGUCGGAGAAGUUGGACCACAAGGACCGUCGGGACGAAACGGCGCUCAAGGACCCGACGGACAGCCGGGAAGUAACGGACAACCCGGAGUUCGAGGAGUCGACGGAGAAUACUGCCCGUGUCCGCCAGAACUCAACAAAGUUUAA